CAUGCAAUUGUCAAAACACGGGAAAAUAACUGAUAUAACACGUGCAUCCUAUUUAUUUAUUUUGGAUGUCUUUCCUUAAAUAAAUGUAGUAAUUGAUUCUUAUCCUAGGUACCAUGGAUGUCAAUCUUUACUCAAAGAACUUAAACCAAUGCUGUCGUACGUGUAUGGGGGACAAAUUUGAAGAAAUGUAUGAUAUUUUUGCUGCAGGAAGUGAUUCUAAUAUUGCUGAAAUUAUCUCGUUACAUACUUCCAUAAAGGUGCAAAUGGACGACAAUUUACCAAAGAAGCUAUGCACCAACUGCUACACCUGUUUAAUAAAAUUUCAUGAAUUUCGAAAAACUGCUGAAAGAGUUGAAGCUGAAUUACAAGAGUGCUUUAAUAAACUAACAACCAUUGCAACUUAUGAAGAAAGUGGAUUGCCAAUAAAAGUGAAGUUUGAAAACAAUAACAUGUUUGAAGAUCACGAUCAGUCUGUGAUCUAUGAAGAAAAUAUUAAUAAUGAGUUAACAAAGUAUUCUGGUAUAUCUGAUGCAAAUUUAGCAUAUGCUGAGUGUAAACCAAAGACGGAUAAAUUAGAUAGCAACAUAACAAUAAAUUAUACUCUUGACAGAUUUGACUUGCAAAACUCGCAAGCCAAAGAAAUAGUCUCAUAUACCUGUAAUAUAUGUUCACAGAGUUUUCAAGUUCAUCACAUAUAUGUUAAACAUUUGCUAACACAUUCACAAAGUCAAGUAUCAAAUAUCACAGAAAUACCAAAGACAACAGAUGAGGCUGGAGAUAAAGACAAGAGUCUAAAAUGUGACAUUUGUUUUCAAAAGUAUAAAACCAUUAACUCCCUAUCGGCUCACAAACGAAAACACAUACCUAAAGGCAGAGUUCUAGCAUGUUCCAUCUGUAAAAAAGUAUUUAAGAAGAUAAGUCCGUUAAAAAGACAUGAGGCCAGUCAUGAAAGUAACCGUCCAUACAAAUGUUCUAUAUGUUCAAAAUCAUUUGCAACGGAAUCUACGUUAAUGGAACACUUGAACAAGCAUAAUGGGGUUAAAUCACAUGUUUGCCCAAUAUGCUCAAAAGCAUUUGCACACCUAUCAACAUUGACAAAUCAUGUUAAAGUUCAUACAAAGCCAAAGCCAUAUUUGUGCCCAACAUGUGGGAAAAGAUUUGAUUCUAGUACUAAUUUGAAUCAGCAUAUGAGAAGACACAUGGGUUUAAAACCAUUUGCCUGUGACUUUUGUCCCAAAAAGUUUGUCAGCAAAGGCGAACUAAAAUCUCAUAUUGUGACACAUACUGGAGAGAAGUUACACAAAUGUGAUCAAUGUAAUUCCUCAUUCACGAAGCGCUGUUCUCUAGCUAAACAUAAACGCGUGCAUUUGGGUAUCAAGCCUUAUCAUUGUGAUACUUGUCCCAUGAAGUUCACCAGUAAAGACCAUCUGAAGCGCCACAUAAGAAUACAUACCGGGGAAAGGCCAUACAAAUGUGACCUAUGCGAGCGAGCCUUUACGCAAAGCAAUGAUUUGAUCAAACACAAACGGUCGCAUUUGGGAAAUAAUAUAUAUCCAUGCACGGAAUGUACCCAAAGUUUCCGAUUCAGAACGGAACUUCGUCAACAUUUAUCAGAUCAUUUUCUAUCGGCACAAUCUAAAACAUUAAAGGUCGGUACUGGAAACAGUAUAGCCCCUUUGAACAAAGAUAGUGCAAUUAAUAUAGGAAGUGAAGAAAAAGGAUGAUUAAAAAACUCAAUUCUUCUAAGGAAUCAAAAUGAGUCCAUAUUUUUUCAUGGUAUUUGGGGACACUGAAAAAUGCCGUAAACAGGCGCAAUUGUAAACCAUAUGAACAAAUUUAUACGCUUUCAGUGAUAAAUGAGAUAAGAUCUUAUUGUUUGUCAAAUAUCUAAGCCUCGUCAUAUAUAAAGAAUACUCAAAAUCAA